AAAUCGAAUAACGCGAUUGGUCUGUUGCGGUCGCUCAACCAGUAGAUACGUUCAACUCGUAGUGCGGCUUUCGUACGGAAAGCUUAGUGCCUUGGACGCAUAAUCGAUUUAAUAUCAAGUCGAAGAAGCGUCGUUGACGAGAGAUGCGAAGUUGAUGAAUUAUUAUGAGGAGUCAAAUUGAAAUCCGUGUGCGAGUGUUAAUUAUCGAUUGUCGCGCCUUAUCUCAUAUCACGACGUAUAUCUGUAAAAAAAAGGUUUGAACGACAAGUUAAGUUCGUCCAGCAUAACCUAAGUAUGAACAUAAACAAAUGCACGUACUACUCCCCCAUCGAUAUCAGCCGACGUAUACUGAUUGCCAAUAAGAGCUGAUGUUGCUCGGUUUUCUGAUAGAAAUGCGGAAGAACAUAAAUUCGUUAGAAUAUAAUAUAAUAUUUAUUAUAAAUCGUACGUAAUGUCGUAACUGCUAAAGGUGUGAUGGAAAAUCAUUCCGUUCGUAUUAAUUACGCGCAAAGUGUCCCUCACGACACGGAAGAAUUGUCGAUGGUGCACGAAAGUCACGGGAAACAAUACGCGGAACAUGUUAAAAAACGAGAGGAAAUAGUUAUAUUGACGAACGAUGUAAAGGGUGGUUUAUUUAAUCCAAGGGCGUUAUUAUUCCUAACGUUGUGGUAUGUCUUCAGUGGCUGUACGUUAUUUUUAAACAAAUACAUAUUGUCAUACAUGGAAGGCAAUCCAACUAUUUUGGGUGCCUGUCAAAUGUUAAUGACGGCAAUUUGUGGAUUUAUACAAAUGUAUUUUCCCUGCGGCAUGUAUAAGGCUAGUUCGCGUUUAAUGCGACCACCUGGUUUCUAUAAACAUAUGAUAUUGGUUGGAUGUACAAGGUUUACGACCGUAGUUUUAGGAUUAGUAUCGCUCAAUUACGUGGCGGUAAGCUUUACAGAAACCAUCAAGAGUAGCGCACCACUUUUUACCGUCCUUAUUAGCAGAUAUUUAUUAGGAGAACACACUGGAUUAUACGUAAAUUUAUCUUUAAUCCCCGUAAUGGGUGGUCUGGCUUUAUGCUCGGUAAAUGAAAUUAGUUUCGAUUUACGAGGAUUUAUCGCUGCUAUGGCCACAAACAUGACCGAGUGUCUUCAAAAUGUUUAUUCAAAAAUGUUGAUUAGCGGAGACAAUUUCAAAUAUACAUAUAUUAGCAUUUAUCCAGUCACAUAUAAUUCUAGACCAGCAGAAUUACAAUUUUAUACGAGUUUAGCAUCGGUCGUGGUACAAAUACCAGUGUCAAUUCUAUUAGUAGAUUUGCCAGCUCUUGAGCAUUCCCUAAGUUUUAAAAUAUUUGCGGCAUUUCUCCUGAAUGGCGUGUUCUUCCAUUUUCAAAGUAUUACGGCGUAUGUACUUAUGGACUAUAUCAGUCCUGUAACACACAGCGUUGCCAAUACAGCAAAAAGAGCUUUUUUAAUAUGGCUCUCGGUUUUACUGUUCAACAAUUCAGUAACCGGUUUAUCGGCCCUUGGAACUUGUGCCGUAAUAGCUGGUGUAUUAUUAUACAACCAAGCGCAAGAAUAUGAUAGAAUUAAAACUGCUAAAUUACGACAUACUUCGAAAAUUAAUUUACAGUAAUAAAAUUUCAAAAUCAAUAAAGAUUUAUAUAAAUACUGAUACCAUGUAA